AAGGCUCUUUCCCACCUGCCACCAUCGCUUCAUUCAUCUUUCAACGCUGUUCACGCAGUCGCGCUGUGAUCGAUCGAUCAGAUUCAAGCAGCGCAAACUCUGUCACACUGCCACCAGCAUCCCGGAGCACCCAGGCAGAUACCAUGUCGCUCAUUCGCCAUGCCCUCACUCGAGCUUCGACAGCUUCUCGAGCUCUGAGCUCGCAGAGCACCUGCACCGCACCGACCUCUUUUUCCACCUUUGCUCCUCUUCUAGAGUCCAGCUCCAACUCGAGCGUACCUGCCAAGAAGGACCAGGCCAGAGAUCUUGCGGCCGAACAGAGGGCCCGUCAGUCUGAACCUGUCGCUGCGGAUGUGCUGAGCGAUGCGCCAGCCGAGCUUCGCCAACGAGCGGUCCGCAUCUUCAAACCUACAAAGACUGCAAAUUCGUCUGGCAAAGCGGGCACCAACGUGUGGAGAGUGGACUUUGAUAUCAUGCAAGGAUCUGGAAGGUGGGAGAACCCUUUGAUGGGGUGGGCUAGUAGCGCCGACUACAUGCAAGCUCUUCACAUCAAGUUCAAGUCGAAGGACGACGCCAUUCACUUCUGCGAGAAGCAAAACUGGCCCUACUUUGUUCAAGAGCCUCACGCACCUCGAAUUCCUCCCAAGAGCUACGCCGCCAAUUACGCGUACAGCGACAAGAAGCUGCGCAUCCACCAGACCAAGUAGAGCGGGAUUGCCCCUCGCAGUCAUCGCGAUGUGCAAGUCGUCACAGGCAAUUGCAUGAUCUUUUAGAAGUCAUGUCAUGGCGAAUUAUGAACCCCGUCGAAGCUUCGCCACGCUUGACUUUGUCCAUGAGGAGCUUUGAACGGCAAGACACACACUCUCUUUAUCCACCCAGUCUAUUCACACAUCCGGCGCUACUUGAGCGCCAGCACACCGCACAGCUCAGACGGCUGCGCGCAAUCAACAACGAAUUUCAAACGUAGCCGUUGGCGAGAGGGGUAACUUACGAGGUACGAUGUGCGAUGGGUACAGCGAGAAGGCAAGAGGAGGUACAAGAGACCAAGCAGCGGUGAAGGAGCGACGGGAGCU